AUGCUGGAGAAGCUCCCCUUCUUUCAGUUUAAGGCAAAUGUUGAAGGAAAACCUUAAUCUACCUAGAAAAGUAUUCUAUGCAAAGUACUUUGUAUAUUUUCUGCAUUUUUAGCUACUAACUUGUAUUGACUCAGCAUUAUCAUUUGUCUUUUCUUUUCUUGUUGCACACAGGGUUCUCUGUUGUCAGCUUUGACACAAUUGGUGUUCUUAACAAGUGACGAGCAAGCAAUAUCUGUGGGAUUUGUUGGGUAUCCUAAUGAUGGAAAGUCUUCCGUUAUUAACACACGUCCUAAAAAUGUGCUGCCUCUUUAUGGCUUCUUCUGUUGCAUUAUUCAUGAAAAUUUGUGUUUCUAUGCCCUUGAAUGUUGAAGGGAUAAAUGUGCCCAUCACCAUGUUCCAAACUCUAUCUAACAUGUUUAUUAACUCUCAUCUAAAAUCUAAUUUCUCUGGAUGCUUUUAAGUAUAGCACCAUAUCUGUUUGUCAACAUUGUAGCCAAAUGAAUAUCUUGCAACUGUUUGAUUUUUUAACUACUGUUAUAUUUUAGGCACCUAUCUAUCUACUUCGUUUAUGAGUUCAGUGGUUCAGCUAAUAUAAUUGUUUGCUUUUCUAAAAGGUUUGCAAAGUUGCUCGAUUCCUGGGUAGACUAAGUUGUGGCAGUACAUAACACUCACAAAAAGGAUCUUGAUUGACUGCCCUGGAGUUGUUUACCAAAACAGUGAUUCUGAAACAAAUAUUGAACUAAAGGGUAUGCCAUGUUCGAUCAGCUAAUUGCCUGCACUUUCUUCUGCCCUUCACAAUAGUGAGGCAAUGGUAUGUUUAAUUUAUUGUUAUUUCUCAGAGCAACUACAGCAAGAACUGAGUACCUAAUUCCCCAGAGAAAAGAAAUCCUGUGGAAUUUC